ACAGCACUGAAAGCGGAAGUGUGUGUGUGUGUGUGUGUGUGUUUGCUUGCGCGCGCACGUGAAUGUGUAACCGCGGUAUGAAAAUGGCGAAUUAAGGGAAACUACCUCUUCUUAUAGGGAGGAUCAUGGGAAACGCCAGCAGUGAGAGAAGUGCACAGGGUGAGAAAAGCCAGAGGAGCCGCAGUGGGAAAGAUGCAAAAAUCCUCCUGACUGAUGAUACAGACCUGUUCCAGGAUGAUGCAAAGGAGUUCUUGGCAUGGCAGAAGGAUGUUCAGUCAGACUCUAAGUAUGAACACCCCACGGUGUUUGAGUGGUCCGGUCCAGCAAAAGAUGUUUAUCUCUCCGGCUCCUUUAAUAACUGGGCCACAAAAAUCCCUCUAUCCAAGAGUCAAAAUAAUUUCACAGGAAUCGUCAAUCUUCCUGAAGGAGAGCAUCAGUAUAAGUUUUAUGUAGAUGGACACUGGACUUUAGAUCCUAAGAAGCCCGUCAUCACCACUAAAUCCGGUGUCGUCAACAACGUGGUUCUGAUACGUAAGACAGACUUUGAGGUUUUUGAUGCCCUGAGAAGUGACUCUGAGAUUUGCACUGACGUGUCAGACAUCUCCAGCUCUCCCCCUGGACCGUACCAUCAGGACCCGUACUCCAUUAAAGCAGAGGAGCGACUGCGCUCUCCUCCCAUCCUGCCUCCUCACCUGCUGCAGGUUCUGCUCAAUAAAGACACCGGAGUCUCCUGUGAUCCUGCUCUGCUUCCUGAACCCAACCAUGUGAUGCUCAAUCACCUGUACGCUCUCUCCAUCAAGGAUGGCGUGAUGGUCCUCAGCGCUACGCAUCGCUACAGGAAGAAAUACGUCACUACACUGCUGUACAAACCUAUCUGAGCUUCAUCACGCUCACAUUUUAUACGUGGCUAUGUCUCAGACUCAUGCCAUCAAUGCUAUUCACACACACACACACACACACACACACACACACGCAGUGAGGAGGAAAUCACCAAAGACACAAAGCUGCUGUAUUUACCAAACUCGAUUAUGGUAUAACUGAUGAAUGCUACAUUCCCAUACAGGAUUAGCCUGAUUAGCAUCUUAAAGCCUGUGUCAGUGUUUAGGUUUAAGAGUAAGAGAUUUUCUGCCACUGUUUUAUUUACUUUGCUGAAUUUUAAUGUUUUAUGAAAUAUUUUUAUAAUGUACGUUCAGUACACGAGUGAAAGUUUAUACUGAACAAGUGAAACUUGCUGUUUAGUAAAUGAGUAAAUUGUUGAAUAAAGCUUUCCUAAAUGUU